AUCAUGUGAUAUACAGUCUGUCAUACACAACUCUUUUUCUCCUUUGCUGCUGCUGUUGCUGUUACACUUUUUUUAGUUUUUUGAUUAUUUGCCAACGGCCACUGUCUUUCCUUUCCUUUUCCUUUUUUCACUUAAUACACAGAAUCACUUAUCAUCAACUUAAUUUUGAAAGGAUCUCUCUUCUCUGCAUCUAGCAAUCCUCAUGGCUACUGAGACUGCACCAUCACAUCAAACUCCUACUUCUGAUCAUGAGUCAAUUGAGAACAAGGUGACCGAAGAAGUAAAGCCUGUAGAACCUGAAACUGUUUCUCUAGCCGGGAAACCUGAAGAAGAAGACCUCCAACCUAAUGAACUAGCAAGUCAACCAACCCUGUUAGAUAAAUCAGAAGCAGUGGAAGAUAAGGAGGUAGAGCCUCCAGCGGUUGUGGUUAAGAAGAUUGAUGAUGUUCCUGCUAUCAAUGUUCCAGUAGAUGAUAAAAAAGAGUUGGAAAAGGAUUCUAUUUCUGACUCACACACCCCUAGUGUUCCGGCUCUGGUGGCCGAUGUUGUUAAUGGCGAACCAGUUGCUCCAGCUAUACAUUCUGUUUUGAAAGAAGCAGAAGAGCAACAAUUAUCAACAUCCGUGGAGGAAUUGCUACAGGAAAAACCAAAGAUAGUUGAUGUUCCAGUAUCACUAGAUGAAGCUAUUGAAAAAACAGAGGAGCUAUCAAAAGUUCUUCCUAUCAAAGAGUCGGAACCAAUUGAGGCAAAAGACAGUGAAGAUUCAGCAGUGUCUAAAGAAGUUGACAAAGUGGAAUCAAUAAUUCCUGAAGUUGAAGUGAAACUAGAGGAGCAAUCAGAAGUUGGUAAACAAGUUGAAGAGCCAAAAACAGAAGCAGCAACUAAGCAACCAAAGGAACCUUUGGAAGUUCUUCCUGUCAAAUCAGAAGCAGUUGUGGUAAAAGAUAGUGAAGAUUCACAACUAGUGUCCAAAGAAGAUGAUAAGCCAGAAUCAGAAGAACAAUCCGAAGUCAUUAAAGUUGAGCCCAAAGAAAAAUCAGUUGAAGUAAUUGCCGAAACACAGGAGCCAGUGGAAGCUCUUCCUACCAAAGAAUUGGAAGCAGUUCAAGUAAAAGAUAUUGACGACUCACAAGAAUUGUUUAAAGAAGCUGAUAAAGUAGGAACAAUAGUUCCUGAACUCAGGGAAGUGAAACUAGAGUCUGAAGUCACUGAACAUGUAGAAAAAACCGACGAACAAUCUGUUGAGGCAAUUAAGGAAACACAGGAUUCAUCGGAAGUUCAUCCAAUCAAAGAAUCAGAAGCAGUUCCAUUAAAAGAUAUUGAUAAUCUAGUAGAAGUGCCUGGAGUUGAUAAACCACAACCAGUAAUUCCUGAAGCUGAUAAACCAGAACCAGUAGUUCCUGAAGUUGAGGUUAAACAAGAGGAACAAUCUGAAGUCACUCAACAAAUUGAAAAACCAGAAUCAGUGGUUCCUGAGACUGAGGUGAAACUGGAGGAACAAUCUGAAGUCACCAAACUAGAUGAAAAAACAGAAGAACAAGAAGUUGAGGUGAAACCCGAGGGACAAUCUGUAAACAGAAAACAGGUGGAACAAUCUGAAGUCGCUGAACAAAUUAAAAAACCAGAAUCAGCGAUUCCUGAGAUUGAGGUGAAACUGGAGGAACAAUCUGAAGUCACCAAACUAGAUGAAAAAACAGAAGAACAUGAAGUUGAGGUGAAACCUGAGGGACAAUCUGUAAUCAGAGAACAGGUGGAACAAUCUGAAGUCGCUGAACAAAUUAAAAAACCAGAAUCAGUGAUUCCUGAGACUGAGUUGAAACUGGAGGAACAAUCUGAAGUCUCCAAACUAGAUGAAAAAACAGAGGAACAAGAAGUUGAGGUGAAACCUGAGGGACAAUCUGUAAUCAGAAAACAUGCGGAACAAUCUGAAGUCGCUGAACAAAUUGAAAAACCAGAAUCAGUGAUUCCUGAGACUGAGUUGAAACUGGAGGAACAAUCUGAAGUCUCCAAACUAGAUGAAAAAACAGAGGAACAUGAAGUUGAGGUGAAACCUGAGGGACAAUCUGAAGUUAGUGAACAGGUUGAGAUUAAGUCAACAGAUGAAAAGCGAGGACAAGUUGCUGCAACCACUCAGGUAGGUCAAGCUGAGAUUAAAGAGGAUGGAGGAAAAUCUUCUCUUCCUGAAAUCAUACAAAAAGCUGGUCCAGAGGCUGAAGGGACUGAUUUGGGUGAAGCGUCAUUGAAAGAGAUUGUGGUAGAAGUGGAAAAGGGUAGAGAAGAGAAAGAGGCAAGGACAAUCAAAGCAGAGGGCGAGAAAAUAGCAAGUGAUACAGUAAAAGAGGAACUAGCUCAGCCCAUCAAAGUGGAAGAGGUCAGCAAUGCUGCUUCAAACGCCAAAAUCACUGAAAAAUCAUUUGAGGGAGAGAAAACAGUUGAAAGUGUUGAACCAGCUUUAGAAAACAAGAAAGAGGAGAUACCUGCAAUAGAUGAAACCCACAAAGAUGGGAACAUAGAGGGAAAGCUGGAUGAAGCCACUACAGUUGUCAGUGAACCAGUCAAAGAAUCCCAAGAUUCUGUGUCAGAAGCAAAAGAAGAAGAAACUGCAAAAACCAACGAAGAGAACUCUGAGCAGGAAAAGGUUGACGAGAUUGCCAAAUCUGACACGCAGAAUUUAGAGUAUUCUGCCAAGGAUGCUGAAGACGCAAAAGAAUCACAGGAUCUGCCAAGAGAAGUUCCAGCCAAGCCUACUCAAAAGCAUUCAAACAACAUUUUAACAAGGGUAAAGCAAUCACUUGUAAAGGCGAAGAAAGCUAUUAUCGGGAAAUCGCCAACUCCAAAAACCGUCUCCUCUGAUAGCAAGGGUGAUGUUAAAGUCAAUAAUUGAAGGGAUCUUAAUGACAAAGCUUGCAUAUACUUACAGAGAUAUGAAAUCUUGCAUUGUGAAGUAUAUAGGUGUGUAAAAAGGCAUUUUCUUCCAUUUGUUUUCUCUAUUCAUUCAGUUGUAUGUAAUGGUAUAUGAUAGCGUGCUGGUGAUUGGUGUGUUGUUGGGUUUGAUCAGUAGAAAAGAGCUUUUCAGUCAAAUUUAUGUUAGUGUUGUCAAAAGUGCUAUCUCAUCAAAAUUAUGUACUCAUUGAUAAGAUUGAUUUGCGUAUUUGAUUAAAUAAUGGUUUGGAUUCUUUUGUAA